CUGGUCGAUCUCGGCCUUGUUGAUGUGUGUGCGAGGUUUGUGUUUCUUGACUCCAUGUGGUUAGAUUUUGUGCCUUCUCUAGGACAUCUAGCGUUUUCUUCUCGGGGCAGUGAUUUGCUUGGCAUUAUGGUUGCCAAUGUCUUAUGAUCUACAUACUUUCUAGCCACGACCUUUCUACAAGUUACUGGGUUAGUUUCAAUAAGUUCAUGCUGAGGCGGAGGUCUGAAGGCGACAUCGUAUGCUCACAGCACGUCAACGAUGCAUGUAGAAGGAAGAAGACUUACUUCGGCACCCUUUAUAGAGUGUCAGAAAACAUCUUACAUUUUGAAAUAGAUGAAGUAUUUAUCUUUUAAUUUCUGUAAAGGCGUUUUUGAAAGGUCUCUACUACUUAAUACAUGGUCUUUUGACCUUCUGAAAAAGAAAAUGGAGGUCUGUUUUUCUUUUCUUCGCUGCGAUGGUGCACCUAUCUCGGAGACUCGGAGGUGUGGUCUGACGCAGCGUUGUGUUUCCACAAGUGGAGGUGCCGAAGCGAUCGAUGGAUCCAUAUGUAAAGCACCCAAGCUGGUCCGGAGAGCCAGCGUACGUAGAUUUGCUCGCACCGCAAAGUUGGCAGCCACUCCACGGAGGCGGGGCAAACGGGAGGUAGGGGGAUCAGUGCGCGACCACUACCGGCAUCGACCAUGCCGGAGUCUGGCCGGGCGAUGAGGCGGAUCCGCAAGGAACUGGAGCUGCUCUGGACCGACCCGCCGGCGUUCUGCCGGCCCGGCCUGGCGCCCGUGACGGACCUGUUCCACUGGGAGGUGGUCAUCGACGGGCCGGACGGCAGCCCCUACGCCGGCGGCACGUUCCCCGUCGACGUCGCCUACCCCAAGGACUACCCCUUCGACCCCAUCAAGCUCACCUUCAGAACCAAGGUGUACCAUCCGAACAUCGGCCCGGAGGGGAAGGUGGCGCUGGACAUCUUCGGGAGCGAGUGGAGGCCUUCUCUGACGAUAAGCACGGCCCUCCUCUCCGCCGUCUCCGUCCUCCACGACCCCCUGCUCGACCGCCCCGUCCGCCGCGACGCCGCCCGGCUGUGCAAGCGCGAGCGGGGUCUCUUCGAGCACAAGGCCAGGGACUGGACCCGCAGGUACGCCUCGGCGCCGACCGCCUCCUUCUAUCCGUCGGGGACGGAGACGUUCGAGGAGGCGGCGGCCAGCGGGGCAGUGGCACGGCGUCGUUCCUGCGGGGCAGGGCAAUGGCGUUCGUUCGCGGCUCGUCUCCCAUGCAUCCAGCCAUGAACGCAUGCAUGCACGGAUGCACCACGUACGAUUGUCGCCCAGCAAGAGCACAGUAAAGUUCACCACAAGAAUCCUCCAUCCAUGGAGUAUUAUACUAUACGUACUAGCUAAUUGGUAAUUUCCGUGGUGCGUGUUGUCUUGAUUACUUGUUGAUCCAUGAUCCUUGUUGGCUUUGGACCUUUGGCGUGGAACUCCUUGUACUGCACCGAGGCGAUUGCAACUUCUGAAAAAAGUAUAUAUAGCCUGGUCUUUAGUUGUGUGA